UCUAAAAGUCUCCAAGUCCAAGUGAAAAAAAAAAUCCAAGGUCCAAAGAAAUCAAAUAAUCCUAACGAGUGUAGAAUUGAUUGAUCAAUCAAUGAAUCGUAGUUCGUAGUGAUAGAAAGAUUAGAGAGAGAGAGAGAGAGAGAAAUGAGUGACGCAGGUAUCCGAGCAGUGGUAGAAGGCAUCCACUCAAGUCCCACUCAGGCCGUCCUCUUUCUCUCCGGCGGAGCCUCUCAGAUUAUAGGGUGGUUGCUUUCGGUGCCCGGAGCUUCAAAUACUGUUCUUGAAACUCUCGUCCCUUAUUCCAGAAUGUCUAUGAUCCAAUUACUCUCCAAGAUUCCGAGCAAGUUUUGUAGCCAAGACACCGCUGAAGACAUGGCUUUAUUGGCUUAUAAUCGCGCCCUCAAGCUCUCUACUCCAGGUUCUCCAGUUCUUGGUGUGGGUUUUACUGGGUCUUUGGCUAGCUCAAGGCCGAAACUUGGGGACCACAGGUUUCACUUGUCAACAAGGACAGCUGACCGGCUUUGGGUAUCUACAGUUACACUGUCAAAGGGUUUGCGGACUAGAGAGCAGGAAGACAAAGUUUCAAGUCAUAUUUUACUUAAGGCAAUUGCAAAUGCAUGCAGAGUUCCGGCAACAUUUGAUUCGGGGUUGACAGAAUCUGAAGUAUCUGAUGAAUGUAAAAAGCAAUUUGAUGAAGAUCAAGAAUUAGAGCAACUUAUAAAUGGGCAAAUAUACUUUAAAAUUUAUCCAUUUGCAAGUGGCACAGAUAUGUCUACUGCUGAAAGGAAGAUUAUUUUAUCGGGUUCUUUUAAUCCCUUACAUGAUGGUCACCUCAAGCUCUUGGAAGUUGCUGCUAGCAUUUGUGGUGAUGCGUAUCCAUGCUUUGAAAUAUCUGCAGUCAACGCAGACAAACCACCACUAACGGUAUCACAAAUCAAAGACCGUGUCAAGCAAUUCGAAAAAGUUGGGAAGACAGUAAUUAUAUCCAGUCAACCUUAUUUUUAUAAGAAAGCUGAAAUUUUUCCAGGCAGUGCUUUUGUAAUUGGUGCUGACACAGCAGUGAGACUAAUUAAUCCCAAAUACUAUGAUGGGGACUAUAAGAAAAUGCUGGAGAUACUCAUUGGAUGUAAGAAAACAGGAUGCAUUUUCCUUGUGGGCGGUCGUAAUGUAGAUGGUGCUUUCAAGGUUCUUGAAGAUAUUGACAUUCCAGAGGAGUUAAGAGACAUGUUUAUAUCAAUACCAGCAGACAAGUUCCGCGUGGAUAUAUCUUCCACUGAUUUAAGGAAAAGUUAUGGAAUGUGAAUUUCUUACUCUUGACUACACAUUCUAAGCACGAAUGAUCGUGUCAAUGCUAAAGAAAAUAAUCACAUUCCCUUGUACGUUGAACUUAUAAUAAUCUAUGUAUGUACAUAAAUAGAUGAAUCAAAUCAGAACCCGAGUUUUAUAUAAA